AUGGAUAAUACUUUUAAGAGAAUUGUUGAGGAGAAUAAAUUGGUUGCAUAUUUUCCAGAGGAUCAAGAGUUGCCCAUAUUAAUUGUUUUCAAUACAGGACUUUUGUCGAGAACCAACGAAGAUAUUUUCUGUAUUUUACAAUCGAUUCAUGUGGCGUCGCUCAAGGACAGAGAGCAAGAGAGUGGCGGACGUCGUUGUGAAGAGCGUCAGUGGAUUCUCAAGGAGUUUCUACCGUCUUCAUCGUUUCAGCAGAAUGACACAUUCGACAAGUAUGGCAACAACAUUCUCCCGCUUACCGAGCUACCGAAGCGUGCAUACUACUUUAUCGACGGUGUUCAGUACGCUAGUUUCGACCCUGAGAUUCCAGUCGAGAAGGAUAACGUCGAUUUCGCAGAGAUCAUAAAGAAUUCCUCGCAAUCAAAGAUCGAUCGUCUACCACAAGAGUAUGUUCAUUGCAACGAAAAAGAACUCCAAACACGAUUCAAUCAGGGUAUUGUCGCAGCGAUCAUCCGAACUCGUUCGAACCCGCGUUGUGCAGUCCCGCAAUUCCAUCGUGAUAGCGACGGACUCAAACGUAUCGACCUACUCCUACCACUCAAUAUGAAUGGUAAAAAAGAUCCAGACUGUGCUUUGGUUAUUAGAUAUAAUAUCACAGAGAAUGGAAAUAAAUCAUAUAUAGUUAGAGGUAUUCUCUCGAAGGAGGAUUCCUAUAUCAAUGCAAGAGUGAUUCAGAGAAUCGAUCAGAAAUGGAUGGAAUACAUCGAGUUGGGUGGUGAUCCCUCUGGAGGAAUGACACCGGUUCUCCUCGCAGCGAACAACAGCGGCAAUCCACCUCCAUCACCACAUAUUAAUAUCAAUAAAGGAAGUGCUCCUCCAACUCCACAUCUUCUCUCAGAGAAACCAAAUUUAAAGAAAGAGAUUUUGAAAAUUGCUACUAAUCUUACUAAUAAUAAUAAUAACAAUAACAACAAUUCACUUUUACAAUCACCUCGUUUUAUACAAAUUCCCAAAUCACCAUUACCUUACAUGCACAGUGGCGGAUUAAUAUUACCAACAAACAACAACAACAACAACAAUAUGAAUAUGAAUAAUAAUAACACCAACAACAAUAAUAAUAAUAAUAACACUUCACCAUUAAACUCGAACAAUACAACCGCCGCGUCAUCUCCACUCCAAUUGGCGUCUCCAAUUGUAAAUUCAGCAAAUAGCAACAAUAACAACAACAAUAAUAAUAAUAAUAAUAACAUGGGUCAUCAUCAGGUUGGAGCAAUUGACAACCACGGUCAUUUCAAUCCGAUACAUAUAUACAACGGUACAGCAGUACAUCCAAUUAACACCUCGAAAAUCAACAACAGUUCGUCCAAUUCUUUUAACUCGAAAUCUUCUCAACAACAACAACAACAACAACAACAACAACAACAACAACAACAAAAUCUAAUGGAAGGUGGUAACGGUAAUCCCGUUACUCUACUCGAUCCAAAUAACAAUCCGAUGAAUCAACAUGAUCCACACUCGCAACAACAACACCAAUAUAAUCAGCAAAUAUAUAAUAGUCUUUUCGAUCGUUCACAACUAGUCGACCACCGACGUAUCUAUGCCUACAAUCCAAACAACAACAAUAAUAAUAGCAAUAAUAAGCAACAACCAAUUCCACCUUUACAUCCAUUCCAUCAACAACAACAACAGCAACAACAACAACAGUACUACAAUAGUCCAAUGAAUCAAUCACCAUCGUUUUUAUCAGCCAACUCUGAUAAACAACCUGGAAUUCAAAACAAUAUUCGACUCAACACCACCAUGAAUACACCGAGAUCGCCUGACCCAACCAAAAAUUGGAAUUCACCUAGAAAGCAUCAUAACACUACCAAAGAUCAAUAA